CUGGGAAGGCUGGGCUUAAUCUUGUCAGUUGACGCUAAUUUAUCAUCUGGUAAUAACUGAAAUCAUUGUUUCGCAGCAGAAAAAUGAGAAACCGGUGUGAAAAUUAUGUGAAGAACUGCUAUACAAGUCGAUGUCGAUAUGUUGCUGUUUAUGACAUCAUAAAACCAGGUUUCGUUACGUUUUUGUCGAACUGCCUUGUCCCGACCAUCGAAAAGGCUGUUCCACAUUAAAAUCCUGAUUACACGUUCCCGACAUAAUUAAAAUACGCAAAGAUGAAUGAAGCCGGGCAUGGAGCUGGAUCCAGUUCUCGGAGUCUGGAUAACGUGCUCCGUAUCUUGGGAAAUCCUGGCGCGUUUCAGAUCAUUCAGUUUACUUUGUUGGCGAUCCAGUAUCAUCCGUUAGCUUUUAAUGAUUUUAUGCCAAUUUUCUAUGGGCUGCCACCGCAUAAAAUACGUUGCCGCAAUGAUACGGGUGUCGCAGAGGUUUCGUCAAAAUUAACUCAGAAGGAAAUGGACAGUAGUACAACAGGAUAUCGGCUGUACGGGCCUAUGCACUCAAACACCAACUUUUCGGAUGUAUGCCUUACGGGAUGUCCGCAUGGAAUGGAGUAUGUCUACCCAGAGAAUCAAUGGUCGAUCAUCGGUGACAUGGACCUGAUCUGCGAUAAAGCCUCACUUGUCAACUUGGCGUCGGUGAUCUACUUUCUUGGGCAAAUUGCUGGGACACCGUUUUUUGGAUGGGCAGCGGAUAAAUUUGGACGACGAAUCACGCUGUUAUUGAGCAACCUUGUGUACGCUAGUUUGACUGCCGGCUUGAUAUUUUCCCGUGACUUCCUGUCGUUUGCCAUUCUCCGUUUCUGCGUUGGACUAGCAACACAAGGAAUUAACAGCAGUUUUUACGUUUUGAUUGUGGAGUGGCUUCCUCCAGAGCGGCGUAGAACAUGGGGAGCGCUGGCAGAAGUGCAGUAUACCAUUGGGGCACUAAUCAUUAUAGUCGUGGCCUGGCAUCUACAAAACUGGCAUCACAUUCAGAUAUUUCUCGCCGCUUACAGCACUCUGGCUGUGCUUCUGAUAUGGUUUGCUCCAGAAUCUCUUGGAUGGCUGUGCCUAAACAACAGAGGAAAGGAAGCCGAAAACUACUGCAACAGUGUCCUCAAAUUUAAUAGAAUGAAGUUAUCGUUCGACGAGGAAAAAGAAAUCCAACUAUUUGUCCAAACCGAACCACAGACCCCGAAAAGUGUCGCUGUGUAUUCCUUCGCAGACUGCUUCCGGACACCGUACUUACGACGUACAACUUUGUUAAGCUGUUAUAUCUGGUUGGCUGCUUACGUGGGAUAUUUAGGUAUACCGUACAUGAGUUCAGAAAUCGCAGCCAAUAUUUACGUUAACUUGAUUACCAAUGCCGCUCUGGAAUUCAUUCCCGUCUUCGCCGCAGCUGGAAUCGCUUCCAGAUUCGGCAAUCGCGUUCCGUUAACUCUUUACUUUCUGAUCGGUGGCAUAUGCUGCACCGCAGCCGGUGUUAUACCAGGAAAUACCUCUGCCGAAGUUAUUGCACAAAACGUUGUAUCUUUUGUCGGACGUAUGUCACUGGUCGGCACAAUUUGCAUAAUUUUUGUAUAUACGUCCGAACUGUUUCCCACGGUAAUUCGGAACAAUGGGUUCAACAUGUGCAGCAUCACCCUUCGAGUUGGCAGCAUGAUAGCUCCUUUGCUCCCUAUUAUGUCAAGCCAAGCUGGUUAUAAAGGCUCCGGAUUCUUGUUGGCGGGAUUGAUAUCCUUAGUCGCAUCGGCAGCGUCCUUUUCAUUGCGAGAGACGAAAGGCGAACCAUUGAUGGAGACAAUUGACGACACUAUACACAUCACAGGAAAAUCUCCUAUGGCCAAGCUAGCCGAGUUAGCUAGCGAGCUGCGGAACCGUCGAAAGAACAAAACCACGACGCCUCCCUUUUCCCAUGGGAUAAUUCUAACUGAACUGCCACUGCAAGCGCGGGCUCCAACCGUUCCCGUCCAAGGGCAAGAUCCCUCCACCUUCCAAGAUUCUGAUGUCGAUACCUUACCGGGUAAAAAGAUAAGCUAGCAUGUGGCGGCUUCUGCCCAACGAGAGGCAAUUCCCACCACAAAAAAAUGAAAUGAUCACCGCUCUUACAGAGUAGUGUCUGCAACAACGUCGUCACCGUACCAUUAAACGGUAGCUUUUCAUAAAUCUAGGCCGCUCAGUGCAUGCAUUCCCGAAAAAAUUAAAAACACUGGAAUAAAAAUACGA